AUGCCGAGCUAUAGCGACAGUUCUUCUGAAGAGCCGGAAAUGGACAUGUUACAGUGGUGGGGUUUUGGAGAUUUUGGGAUUCCAGAGAAGUGUUUUUGUGGUCGGGAUAUGAUCCUUAAAUCAAUGACUGGUGAUACGCCAGCAACACCUGGCCGUAGGUACUACACUUGUCCAUUCUGGUUGAAGGAGGGGAGUCGAGAACAUAUCUGGAAAUGGUGGGAUGAGGCUGUUACAGAGGAAUUGGAACGGUUGAAGAUUGACCUUGGGAACCAUAAGGAGAAAUUGCAAGUGCUUGGCAGGGAUCAAGCUUUUGAUCCUCGUUUCAUGCGUUUGGAGAAUCUUUUCCAGUCAUUGGAGAGGUCUAUGGAAUGCAAUGACUUGGUCGGAGACAUUCGUGAAAUGAAAGAUGAGAUACUCCGGCUUCAAGGAGACUUUGUUUGGAUGACAUAG